AUGGCCCCCGCGCUGCUCCUGGUCCCUGCCGCCCUCGCCUCCUUCAUCCUGGCCUUCGGCACGGGCGUGGAGUUCGUGCGGUUUACCUCCCUCCGGCCGCUGCUGGGAGGCGUUCCGGAGUCCGGCCCCGGUGUCCGCCAGGGGUGGUUGGCUGCGCUGCAGGACCGCAGCAUCCUUGCCCCCUUGGCUUGGGAUCUGGGGCUCUUGCUACUAUUUGUGGGGCAGCACAGCCUCAUGGCAACUGAGAAGGUGAAGGCGUGGUCGUCUCGGUACUUUGGGGUCCUGCAGAGAUCACUGUACGUGGCAUGCACUGCUCUGGCCUUGCAGCUAGUGAUGCGGUAUUGGGAACCCGUGCCCAGAGGUCCUGUGCUGUGGGAGGUUCGGGCUGAGCCUUGGGCCACGUGGGUGCCCCUCCUCUGCUUUGUGCUCCACAUCAUUUCCUGGCUCCUCAUCUUCAGCAUCCUUCUCAUCUUCGACUAUGCCGAACUCAUGGGCCUCAAACAGGUGUACUACCAUGUUCUGGGGCUGGGGGAACCCCUUGCUCUGAAGUCCCCGCGGGCUCUGAGGCUCUUCGCCCAUCUGCGCCACCCCGUGUGUGUGGAGCUGCUGACCGUGCUGUGGGUGGUGCCCUCGUUGGGCACUGACCGCCUCCUCCUUGCCCUCCUUCUCACUCUCUACCUGGGCUUGGCUCAUGGGCUGGACCAGCAGGACCUGCAGUACCUCCAGGUCCAACUGCAAAGAAAACUCCACCUGCUUUCCCGGCCUCAGGAUACGGAGGCUGAAUGAGAAUUAACUGCCCGCUGCUUACAAGCCCCCUACAUCCUCUCUCCGCAAAAUUCUGAAUCCCUCAGUAUCCAAGUGCUGGCUGCUUCAAGCCAGAGCCCCCCAUCUCUGAGCUCUAGGGGCUGCUCCCCUGCCCCCACACUUGAGCCUCCACUCCUUGGGGUCAGCCCCAUAUCUUAACUUCUUAGUUUCUCCUUGGUUUCCAAGGUCCACCUCUCACCAGCCAGAGGGCCCACCCUUCUCCCUAAAUAAGGACCCGUGGAGCUUUUCUGCCCCCUCACCAGCUAUGACUUGAACCCCCUGGGAGCCUCUGUCCACGGAAGAACCCCCAGGCCAGGCCCCAGUCUGUUUCUCAGGUAUUCCCCCUGUCUGCAGCUAGUUACCCUCCCACGGAGCUGGACCAGAGCCUGCAAGUUUGACUGGAAUGGGCCCCUCCAGGGCCCAGAUAUCACUCCACCGCCUGGGGCCCCACCCUUGGGCGCCUUCCCCGGGACCUAGUUGAGAGGAUUAAUUGGGGUAGCCUAAGGCUCCCCCCGAGGUACGAGCACUGUAGGAAAA